UCAUCUGUUCAAGGAGGACUUUUGUGAUUGUUUGGACUCAGCGUGGUUCUGUUUUCCUGCCUGGGACAUGUCUGAGAGCAUCGUGAGGAAGGUGCAGCCCUUCACCAUCGGGACAAGACUGUCGGCUCCCUCAGUGGCCAAAGGCCAGGAGUUUCCUCAGACGUACCUUCCCGGUGAGACUCUGGACAACUGUGUGCUGCAGCACAACCUGAACUCGCUCUACCUCAGUCGAUCCCAGCAGGUCUGUGCACGCGACUCCUGUCUCGCCCCCCCGACUGUCAAGCAGGCAGCCCCCGUAAGACACGUGCACAUGGCAGCAGAGGACCACCUGGACCAGAACACCGCCUCUGCGUCAGCCGUCUCCAGGUCCAUCAAGAAGAUCACCAUAUCUGGGAGUAAAGACAAGUCAGACCAGAAGACUGCAGCGGGGCCAGCCAAGCUGUCAAUCACAGGCUCCUCGUGUGGAAACAAAAACAACAACAACAACAACGUCAACACAGGCACGUCAGAUCUGCGCCUGCCCAGGAUUGUAGGAGUGAGCUGCGAGAAUAAACCUAACGCUCCUUUUAAGGUUUUGCUCAGUAAAGACGGCAGCGAUGUAUUUCAGCCUGCUCAGUGGCAAACCUCAGUGAAACCAAAGGGAGAGGAAUCCAUCCAGAUUUCAGGGCCAGAAAUGCAGAAGAAAGAGCUCCAGACCAAACACAGAGCUCUGCACACGGAGGGUGAAGAGCUAGCAGCUGCUAAAUGUCCCAGUGAGAGCUUCAGUCAGCGUAACGCACUCUUCAACAAGGAAGCACUGCAGGCAGAAGCAUGGAUCAAAAGCAAACUGCAAGACCUGAAGGAUGGGUGGAGUAUUCAGUACUGUCCCCAGCAGGACUGGGAGGAAGCUUUACAGACGCUUCAGAGAGACCUGAAGGACUUUGAGAACACCUUGAUUCAGCUCAACCAGACGGGCGAGCAGUUGGUGUGCAGACUCAACCCCACGUCUGACCUGGUGAGGAAGCAGCUCUUCCAGCUCCGGGACCAGUGGCAGACCCUCAAACAGACGGCGGCCAGCCAGACGCGUGUUCUGGGCGGAGCCAGGAGCCCGCAAGAGUUCAACACAAAAGUGGACAAGCUGGAGGCGUGGAUCAAAGAGAAGGAUGAGCAGCUCCACAGAAACCUACAUGAGGAGAUCAACAACUUGGCUCUGAAACUGGAGAAGCAAGGGAAGACAGAUGGCAGAAACAUCUCCAGUAAAAGGAAACACAUCAAUAAAAUGUGGCUGAAGGCCCAGUCGCAGCUAAAAAACCACCACAAAAACCUUCAGCUGGCUCUUGAGGUGUCAUCAUUUUACCAGCAGGCAGAUAACACCUUGGAGUCUAUUAACAGCAUGAGGAAAAGCUUAUCAUCCAAAGAGCUGGACAGCUUUGACGACAGAGACGUACGAGACAUCGCCGGUCAAGUCCUGAUGCUGGAUGUGAGCGUUUCCCAGCUGCCUCACCUCCAUCCUGCUCUGGCUGCCGGCGUCAAACAGAAGCAAACCGAGGCUAAAGACUGCUGGGCUCUUCUUCAGAGAGAUUUAAGGGCCGACAGGACAGCACUCUCUCCGUCUGGAUCCACUUUCACCAGGGAAGAUGUUGACCUCCUGACACCAGCCACUGAACCCCAAUGCAACGUGGGACCCGAGACGCAUGGGAUCAUGGGAAAGGAGGUGAAGGAGGAGCAGAACCGCCUGAAAGGCUGUUUGAGCAUCGGUGACCAUGUGAGCGGUCGACAGAUGCAGAGCAGCCAAAGCCAGGAGCAGCGAUCAGUGAGCCACGCUCCAUCAGCUGAGGGAGGGAGCUCAGGCCACACAGCCACCAGAUACCAGCUGAAGGAGGAAAGCAAAGCGCCCAGAGCAGAGCCCAGACUCCCCUCGGCUCCACAGAACCACCCACAGCUGCAGAAGUUCACUGUGUCUGCAGACAAGACUUUGUCCUGGCUCAAAGACAACGUAACCAUGGCAACUCAGGUGUGUUCAAUAGCCAGCUCUGGGGGACUGGAGGCAGCCAGGGAGUGUCAGCGCGCCCUCGAGCAAGAAAUCCUUAACAACAGAGUCCGGAUAGAGGUGGUCAAGAGGGAGGGCCACGGGCUGGUCCGGGCUCAGCACCCAGGCAGCUCAAAGAUCGAGGAGUUUCUCAGCCAGCUGGAGGUCCUGUGGGAAGAACUGAGGAGGAGGCACCAGAGGAACGCUGCAUUCCUGCAGGCCUCAGAGAAGCUGGGCUUCAGGAUUGUGAAAGUGCUCCAAGCCCUUGGCAGCCUGGAGGCCUGGCUGGAGUCGGUGGAGCUCUCAAUGAAGGCGUCUGCGUUAGCCGGUGACCCCGAGACCAUGAGCGUGGCUGAGAGGGAGAGCUUUCUGCUGGAGAAAGAGGUGGCGGCACGCGGCCCGGAGCUCGGCGCUCUGAGGCAGGAGGUGGACCGCCUUCGUGGCCACAGUCUCCCACACGUACAAGAUCUGCCAGCGCGGAUGGAAGAGGUGGAGAAAAAGUACCACUGUGUGCUGAGCGCCCUGAGCCAGCAGAACUCCGAGCUACGGGACACGCUCAUGCUGACAGAGUUCCUGGAGCGCGUGGAGCUGGAGGAGAGCCAGGAGCUCGACGGGACUCCGUUUAGUCUCGGACAGCCUCUCCACAGAGACAUCUCAUCAGCUCCCGCUUUGCUCGGACUCCAGAGCACUUGUGGUGGCGAGGCCCUGCUUGAGAUCGUGGGCGACCCGGUGGAGGAACUCCGAGAGGCCGUGGAGAUGCUGAACGACACCGUGAGGGAGCGAGGUCGAUCACGAAGCCACGACCAAGCCAUCCGGGAGCUGCUGAGCAAGCAUGCCAGCCUGGCGGUACGAGUGGAGAAGAGCUUGUGCAGCAGCAAGGAACUGAACCUGGACAUCCUGGAGGAGGAGACGGACCUGGCUGUGCAGUGUGAACCGGACCGCUGCAGCCUGGAGGCUCUGCAGGAGAGGCAGGAGCGCCUGGAGGUGGACUGUGCAGUCGUAACGGAGGACGUGAAGGAGGUGGAGAACCAGGCGUCUCGCUUAGAGGAUCUGUGCCCUGAGAGGGUGCAUGUAUUCAGGGCAAAGAUCCAAGCCACGCUGGAGGCCCGGAACGAGCUGGAAAAGAGCGUGACGGACAACAAAUCACGUCUGCAGGAGUUUGUGCAGCUCCGGGACUUCUUCAGGAGCUACCUGGCUGUGAUGUAA